GAAACAACCAAUUUCAAAAUUUUGAUGAAGAAACGCAUGUUCCGUCGUCUCUGUCAUUACACAACCUUUUCAAUUCUUUGUCAUAUUGAAUUGGAUUUUUCCUCAGUUAGCGUGCUCUACCAUACCUCUCCUCUGGAUUCACAACCUUUCCAAUUCUUUAUCACAUUGAAUUGGAAUUUUCCUCUGUUUUCUCCUAGCACGUCUCCUUGACCAAAUAUGAGUGUAUUACCUUGGGUUAUCUAAACUUCGUAAUAGACUACGACUGGUAAGGGUGGGAUUGUGCAUCUUGGGCAUAACAAACACUCUUGUGCAGAAUACUCAACACAGGGAAGCUCACCACAGCCAUGAAUACCUUGCAAAAACCCCACGUCGUAAUGGUGACCUAUCCUGCAAUGGGGCAUUGCAUCCCAUCUCUAGACUUAGCCAGAUUGCUCGCUUCACACUCUCUCGCCGUCAGUUAUGUCACCACUCGCACCAUAGCGCAGCGUCUACGAGGUCUCAUGGACGAAUCCCGCCAAGCUGCUGAUCUGGAUAUUCAGCUUGUCGGUCUAAGUCCUCCCAAAUCUAUUGAAGGUCUGCCUGAGGGACGCGAGAGUAUGGAUCUUCUGCCACGGAAAUCUUCGCUUGUCGUUCAUUCAUUCGUCGAGAGCCUUCGCGAGCCCUUCGAACGGUGGGUCGAAGAGCAGGGAAGUCGUGGACCCGUGUGCAUAGUCAGCGACAUGUUCAUCGACUGGACUGUUCAAUCUGCAGAGAGAUUCGGAACUAUUAGGGUCAUUUUUGCCCCAUGUGGGGCUUUUGGCACCUCUGUAUUUCACGCCAUCUGCGGCUGCAUAACCGGAAACACGCUGCGAAAGGAGGGCGAUAGUGUUAUAAUCGAUGGUAUUUUAUCAUCUGCCGUGAAAUUCUCCAAGGAACAGAUGCCUGAGAGAUUUCUUCAACCAGAUCCAGCCGACCUGGGUAUAAGGUUUUUAAUGGGGAAGAUGAAGUCAGUUAGUAAAUGCUGGGGAAUGCUCGUCAACAUGUUCGAUGACCUCGAGGCUCGUUAUCUUCAGCACUUGAAAAACAUACUAAACGGUAAACCCCUUUGGUCUGUCGGUCCCGUUGUUCCUUUGGGUUGUAUUGCUAAUACGAGGGGAAAAACAGCGGACAUUAGCGAGCAUAAGUUGGUGCAAUGGCUAGAUUCUAAAAGCCCGUGUUCUGUUAUCUAUGUUUCAUUUGGAAGCCAGGCGUUUCUUUCACAAGACCAAACUCAGGCACUGGCCAGGGGUCUUGCAGCCAGCCAUCAGCCUUUUGUUUGGUCAAUCAAAGUUUCCCCGGAAACCGUAUCUGCAGAAUCAAACAAAGAAGAAUUGUGUGCUUCCUACCUUCCAGAAGGAUUUAUGGAGAGAGGUAAUGGGUUGGUCAUAUGGGGGUGGGCACCACAGCUCGUCAUUUUGUCCCACCCAUCUGUGGGAUCGUUCAUGAGCCACUGCGGGUGGAAUUCCACUCUAGAAAGCAUUUUGAUGGGCGUCCCGAUGGUCACAUGGCCGAUGUUCGGAGAACAGCAUUUUAACUCUAAGCUGGUGACUGAGGAACUGGGCAUUGGCGUUCAGUUUUGCCAACACAUGGAUGGGAUUCCUUGUGAAGACAAGGUGGAGAAAUCUGUAAGACUUGUCCUCAGUAGCGAAGAAGGCACAGAUAUGAGAAAACGUGCUGUGAAAUAUCAGAAACUGGCUAAACAAUCUGUUGGAGGAGGAUCUUCGACCUUAAAUUUAGAAUAUUUUGCAAAUGAGAUGCAUAAGCUCAUGAAUUGUAAGGCUGAGGAUAGCCGGAUUUAUGAUGGAUAUGAUGUAAGUGUCUGAUUUAUUGUGUAGAAGUAAUGUCUUGGAUUCAGUUAACUUUCUUGUCGAAAUCGUACUUCACGGUUGUCAACGUUUUACUUCAUUUAUAUUGUUUUUUAAGCUGUAAAAAAAUACGUGGGUGCAAAAUUUUCAAAUUACUUAUACUUCUCGUUGCAUAGAAGUGUGCAUAUCACACGCAUGUCGCUGCGAAGAGCAAUCAAAAAAAGCAUAAGGUGACCUAACGCUGGGAUAUGGCACCGCCUCAACAUGAGGCUUCUGCAACCCACUCAUCUUUGUGAGCCAAAACAAGCUGCUGAAAGUGAAUUACUCUUUAAGAGCAGAUUAUUAUAUAAAAUUAUUGAUGUUUCGCUAGCGAAGAUGAUAAGGUUCGGGCAACUGCUGUGAAAUUUUCAAUUUUGGCAUUUGUUCUCCUUUCAUCAUGCGUGACGCAGUUGAUGUCAUUGAUGAGAGCAGUAAUUUCGGUGAGAAUACACCGACGGCGAUUGGUGACUGGCAAGUCGUGAUGGUGGAAGAAAUGGACGAUAUUGCAUGGCUUUUGUUGCAUGUGAGGUUCAUCAUGCUUUUCUCCAUGCACGGAAACUGGCAUACAAUCCUGUAAUUUGACACUAAUUUUGUCUGGAUUGUUUUUGGUGUGGGUUUCUAUAGAU